AUGUCAUCUACUUCCGUCUUAGAGACCCGUCCUCAGGGAACAACCGCCAAAGCGUCGACCAUUGGCAUACAAGACACCAGGUCAUUCCAGAUCGAUCCUCAUCACAACCGCUGCUUAGGCCCCUUCAGGGAGGUAGUCGAACGAUGCCCAGUGUGCGCCGGCCAUCCGACACGCUAUGCUUGCGCACAUUGCAACUGUACCGGCAUUGUCAGAUAUAUUUGCGUCCAUUGCCGAGAGUCCGACGCCAUAAAAGAAGCCAUUGCCCUUGCUUCCUCCACGGCAAAUACGCCUAAAGACCGCGUGCAACAAUUCAGGUAA